AGACGUCCGCUACCCCGGCUCCUCCAGCGCCGUAGCCGGGGCGGGAGGGCGUGUGGCAGAUCCCGAAGAGACCCCUCGGCCGCCGCUUUCGGCUCGACAGCCCCGUGGUGCCCCCUCGGGCACGCGCCUACGCCGUGCUUUAACCCGGAAGCUAAAAAUAGGGUGCGUGCGGCGAGCGCCGAGGAAGACAGGAAAGAAGAGGUUACUUAGGAAACUCCUCCCCAAGCACAAAACCCAACUGUACUAAGCUUUUUGUAAGCUAUUUCAGCCCAGAAUGGCUGUGGAAUCCAGAGCAAUUUCAACUUUAAAACCUCAGGAUAAUCAAGAAGAGUUAAUACUAGUGAAAAUAGAAGAUAGUAGCUUUUCUUGGAGUCAGAAAUGUAAACAGAAUGGGAGUGCCCAGUCUUGCCAAGAACUAUUUCGCCAGCAAUUCAGGAAGUUUUGCUAUCAUGAAACACCUGGGCCCCGAGAGGCUCUGGGACGACUCCAGGAACUCUGCCAUCAGUGGCUAAUGCCAGAGUUGCACACAAAGGAGCAGAUCCUAGAACUGCUAGUGCUGGAGCAGUUCCUGAGCAUCCUACCUGAAGAGCUGAGAAUAUGGGUUCAACAGCGUGGUCCAAAAAGUGGGGAGGAAGCGGUGACUCUGCUGGAGGAUUUGGAGAAAGAGUUUGAUGAUCCAGGGCAGCAGGUCCCAGAUAAUCUACAAGGACCAUCAGUAUCAUGGAAAGAUUUGACAUAUCUCAAAACAUCCCAAGAUUCAACAAGCAUCCAAGUCCGGCCUUUGAAGACACAGCUGAAAUCCUGGAAAUCUUGUCCUUCCUCUAAAAGUGAUCCUAAGAAUAAUGAAUCAACAGCAACAGAGGACAUUUCAGAAGAAAAAGCACCAGAACUCUCUUGGGAUCCUUCAUUUAGAGGUGUCAGUGAACACAAAAGCAAUUUAGAAUGGCAGCAAAGUUCCCCUCUGCACAGGGGCAGUUUUAGCCAAGUGAUCCUCACACACAAAUCCAUAGCAAAGAGAGACCAUCAUGACGAAUCUCAAAGAUGCUUGAUUCUAAGUACAAACUCUGUAACAUGUCAGAAAGUUUCUACAGACGAUAGACCUUACAGAUGUGAUGUAUGUGGGCAUAGCUUUAAACAACAUUUCUCUCUAACACAACAUCAGAGAAUACAUACUGGAGAAAAGCCCUAUAAAUGUAAUCAGUGUGGGAAGGCCUUUAGUCUGAGGUCAUAUCUUAUUAUUCAUCAGAAAAUCCAUAGUGGUGAAAAAGCAUAUGAAUGCAAUGAAUGUGGGAAGGCUUUCAAUCAGAGCUCAGCUCUCACUAGACAUCGGAAAAUCCAUACAGGUGAGAAAGCUUGUAAAUGUAAUGAGUGUGGAAAAGCAUUCAGUCAAAGUUCUUACUUAAUUAUACAUCAAAGAAUUCACACUGGUGAGAAACCCUACGGGUGUACUGAAUGUGGGAAAACCUUUAGCCAGAGUUCAAAGCUUAUUAGACAUCAGCGGAUUCAUACAGGAGAGAGACCAUAUGAAUGUAAUGAAUGUGGAAAAGCUUUCAAGCAGAGCUCAGAGCUGAUCACCCAUCAGAGGAUACACAGUGGAGAGAAACCUUAUGAAUGUAAUGAGUGUGGAAAAGCCUUCAGUCUGAAUUCAAACCUCAUAAGACAUCAGAGAAUCCACAGUGGAGAGGAGCCUUAUCAGUGUAAUGACUGUGGCAAAACCUUCAAAAGGAGCUCAGCCCUUGUUCAGCACCAGAGGAUCCACUCUGGGGAUGAAGCUUACAUAUGUAAUGAAUGUGGGAAGGCUUUUAGGCACAGCUCAGACCUUAUUAAACAUCAAAGAGUUCACACCGGUGAAAAACCUUACAAGUGUGAUGAGUGUGGGAAGGCCUUCAGUCAGAGCUCAGAUCUUAUGAUACACCAGAGAAUCCACACAGGAGAAAAACCCUACCAAUGUAGUCAUUGUAGUAAAAGCUUUAGCCAGCAUUCAGGCAUGGUUAAACAUCUGAGAAUCCACACUGGAGAGAAGCCUUAUAUGUGUAACCAUUGUUACAAACAUUUCAGUCAGAGCUCUGAUCUUAUAAAACAUCAAAGAGUCCACACUGGAGAGAAACCGUAUAAGUGUGAUGUGUGUGGGAAGGCCUUCAGUCAGAGCUCUGAUCGUAUUCUCCAUCAGAGAAUCCACACUGGGGAGAAGCCAUAUCCAUGUGCUCAGUGUAACAAAAGUUUUAGUCAGAAUUCAGACCUUAUUAAACACAGAAGGAUUCACACUGGAGAGAAGCCGUAUAAAUGUAGUGAAUGUGGGAAGGCUUUUAACCAGAGCUCAGUCCUUAUUCUGCAUCAAAGAAUUCAUACUGGAGAGAAACCAUAUCCAUGUAAUCAGUGUGCCAAAAGCUUCAGUAGGCUUUCAGAUCUUAUUAAUCAUCAACGAAUUCACACCGGAGAGAAGCCUUACCCAUGUAGUCAGUGCAGUAAAAUGUUUAGUAGAAGGUCAGAUCUUGUUAAACAUUACAGAAUCCACACUGGGGAGAAGCCCUAUGAGUGUGAUAAAUGUGGUAAAACUUUCAGUCAGAGUUCCAACCUUAUUCUCCACCAGAGAAUCCAUACUGGAGAAAAACCAUACCCUUGCAACAGCUGUUCUAAAAGUUUUAGUCGCGGUUCAGAUCUCAUAAAGCAUCAAAGAGUACAUACUGGAGAAAAACCAUAUACGUGUAAUCUGUGCAAUAAGAGUUUUAGUCAAAGUUCAGACCUCACUAAACAUCAGAGAGUCCAUUCUGGAGAGAAGCCCUACCACUGUAGUAGUUGUAACAAAGCCUUUCGUCAGAGUUCUGACCUUAUUCUCCACCAUAGGGUUCAUACAGGAGAAAGACCAUAUGCGUGUACACAGUGCACCAGAAGUUUCAGUCAAAAAUCAGACCUUAUCAAACACCAGAGAAUCCAUACUGGAGAGAAGCCAUAUAAAUGUGUAUGUGGGAAGGCUUUCAGUCAGUGCUCAGCCUUUACCCUUCAUCAGAGAACCCACACUGGAGAGAAACCAUAUCCAUGUACUCAGUGCGGCAAAAGCUUCAGUCAGCGCUCUGAUCUAGUUAACCAUCAAAGAAUCCACACUGGUCAAAAACUGCAAAUGUGAUACCUGUGUGAAACCUUCAGCACUGUGACCAACCUUACUGGAUAUCAGGAUCUGCUGGGAGCUGUCUGCAGCUUCUCUGAAACAGAAAAAGAAAAGUCUGCCUUGCGUGGAACAAUAAGAGGAGGUGUGCUUGAGGCUCAAGGCGAGGGGCUGAGGGUUCCAUUGACCUUGGUGGAAGGAACAGGAAGGUUACUGGGUGGGAACAGAUGUCUUAUGUGUAUAUUUCAGCAAAUUGUUAAUGUUGGCCUGUGGCCUUGCUUCCCAUGGUACUGUAGUAUAAAAAAAGGCUAUGAGAAAUACACUCACUGCUGGCGUGGUAAUGAUCUGC